AUGAUCUCAUCCUCGUUUGGGCCGAGCUUGACUCGAAGAGACACGGCCAAAUCCACCGGUGGCUAUGAUACUGUUCACGGCGCAGUCCCCCCGGUGAGCAGCGGCGGGGGUCCGUUUGGGCCGCAGAGUGCCAGUGCCAUCUACCAACAGAUCCAUGACAUGGCUGCGAAACGAAUCUCGACAUUAGACUAUUUACGGAAAGCUCUUGAGGGCCGGGUCUACUGGUUCAAUACCGUGCAUUUCUCUCGAGCGGAUAUCAGUCGCCUGCCAUAUUUCGAGGCUCGAAAGCUUUCUCGUCGAGCCGUGAACUAUCUCAUCCUGGGCCUUUCCCUCCCUCCGAUCCUUGAUGUCAAUUCCACGCCGUUCGAGUACCUCCGCGCCCUGAACGCUCUUCUCCUCGAAUUCGAAGCCUUUCAGCAGGUGCAUCCGCCCGAUGGCAGUUCUUCAUCCAGUCUUGCGAGAGCACGCAUACCACAAAUGUUCAAACGAGCGGCACAUGCCGGUACUAAGACCCGGCGAGCCAGCUCGGCAACUGAAAUCGGACUGCCCAUGCAGACCAGUGACCCUUCCGAUCUCAAGAGCGCCGCCGGAAGUAUCACGUCGCAUUCUACCGCCGCGGCUUCAGUCAUCUCAUUCCCACACACCGAGUCGUCCGACCUGCUCCCUGGCGAAGAAUAUACGUAUCUCCUAACGCCGUCACUACCCUUUGAGCCCGAUUUUUUUGAGACUUUUGCUACCCUUUGUGAUGUCUUGAUUGACUGCUAUAGUCGCAUCACAAGUUUGGUAUCGUCGCCCUCCGUUUGCACGGUGGCAUUGGGCGAGACGUUUUCCAAAGCGGAUGCGAAAUUACGAAAGAUUAUGGUUGCUGGUGCCGUCCGAGAGUUUGAAGACGCGAGCCGGCAUGGUGUCAAGACUGAGGUUGCCGGUGUCAGUCGAGUGGUUUUAGGUGGACUGCUGGGUUAA